AUAACAAUAUCAAUGAAUAUGCUGAUAGCAAUAUCGGCAACUGAUACCAAAAUAGCAUGUGAACUGAUCUGUGAUUUCGUUCGUCCGUCUGACGGUGCGCAUGUUAACGCCCUUCAACUGCCAACGGCAUUUGCGCCAUCGAAAAACUUCACUCCGCUGACGUUCACCACAAGACAUUUGAGUACUUGUUGCCUGACACAUUUGGAUGCAUCGUAA